GAAGUCGCGGCGCAUUUGAAACUUGACAACUAGCAACUACUCAACAAUACGUUGCUAGAUAUCGCUAGCUAUGCUAACUACUGUAGCGAUAUGAACGCUGCCUCGUAAACUGAACGCUAGCAAGCUAGGAAAACCGGCGCUUUGCAUUAUCAUAUUUUUCAAGUUCAACUGUAUCAGCAUUGUUUUGUACUUGAGUACAGUAUAGUACUAGUAGCUUGCUAGCUUUGUUGCCAGUGAACACAAUAACACUUCACAUGGAUCGCACUGACUUCACAGCAAGCCACUGGCACUGUGUGGUGUGGUGGACUAGAUGAAUUAUACUAGUGCUAGAAGAACUGUAUUACUGUAGCUGGUGCGAGCAACCGUCUUUAUUUUUUCGAUUUCAGCAAGUUAACAGCCAAGAGCCGUGUGCACGGUAGCAAAACGGUGUUAUUUAUCCGUCCUGGACAGAGAUGGACAAGCUGGAGCAAACUGAGUGGGAUUCUGUGAACAAACUUCUCCAGCAUCAUGGAUUUAAGCCAGUCCACUUUGCUGAUCCCAUUGAGAAUAAGAAUCAGUCAGAUUUGGUUCUUCUGGAGAAGAGUUCCGCUGGAGACGUCAGGACCAUGCUGAGGACCAUGCUGACAGACUCCGAGAGAAGACAGGCCUUGAUUCAGGAGCUCAUCCAGUCUAAUAACCAACUCAAAGAGGACGCCCAGCAGCACCUGAGCCGAGCUGCCCGCCAGUCCCAGAGGGCGGCGGAGCUGGAGGGAGUCCUGGCCGGGGUGAAGGGCAAGGUGCAGCACCUGGAGGACAGCUACAUCAGCAAGGCUGCCCAGCAGCACGGCCUCGUGCACCAGCUACAGCAGGACAAGAAAGAUAUGCAGAAGCAACACCAAGCCCUGGAACAGAAGCUGUCUGAGGAGAAAGCUGUCGCGUCUCAACUGCAGAGGAAGCUCUACUUCGCCAUCAAAGAGGAGGAGGGACGGAUUGCGAGGCAGAACCAGGUCUUCCAGCAGAUCCACGAGAGGUCUGCCCGGCCACACUCCCCGGUGGACCAGCAGGUAUUGGACGUGAUUGACGUUUAUGAAGCUCAAAUGCAGCAGUUACGUGAUGAGCUAAGGGCCUUCAAAGACAAUUCAGAUGAGAGUUUUCAGUCAUCUGACCAAUCACAGAGCAGGAAUGGCACCCCAAUGGUCUCCUUAUCCAACCACAAAUCUCUAAUAAAGUCCUACCAGGAACAGCUGAAGGAGAUCAAAGCACAGAGGGAGGAACUCAAGAACCAAGUUCAGCAGCUGAAACAAGAUUUGGAAUCAAGGCCCACGGUGAAGGAGCUGAAGGCCUAUAAACAUCAGCUGCGUCGUAUGGACCGGAUCAUCAAGCAGAACAACACCAGGUCCGCUGAGGGAUCUAAGGAACAGGACAGUACUGAGAUGAGCAUCUUGGAGGGGUCGACCACCCAAGCCUCAGAACCCAGUGCGGCUCGCAGAUAUCUCAAGAUGCUGGGGGACAUCAGCGAGGUGGUGUCUGGCCCCGGGGCCCCCCUGAGGCUGCUCAGACAGAGGCCCAAUGAGAGCUCAGAGACGCUCGCCUUCAACAGGCUCCUCCCCACGCUGCAGAUGUGGGCGGAGCAGCUGGGCUCGUUGAAGGACUUGCACCGCGCACUUAACAAACUGAUACAGAGACUGCAGCCAUGGCAGCCAGCCAGCAGCAACGACAGUGUUCCCUCAGAAAGUGUGAGAGUGGAGGACUUGAUGUUACUGGUGGAAACCUUACUGGAGGAGACUUUGAACGGGGAAGAGAAGGUUCUCCGUAGCCCAACCAAGAACACCCUCCAGUCCAUGGUGGCCCACUUCCAGAAGCUGUUUGAUGCGCCCUCCCUCAGCGGAGUCUACCCUCGCAUGAAUGAAGUCUACACCCGCCUGGGGGAGAUGACUAAUGCCAUGAGGAACCUGAGGGACGUCCUAGCUCUAGAUGACAGAGCUCCCCCUAGUGAGGUAGUGAACCAGGUGGCCAGAAUGGUCUCCUCUCCAGAGGACUGUGCUGACAACCAGCUUCACAACCUCCUGGGAACCAGCGACAUUGAAAGCAUUAUUUCCAAGGUUAAGGAACAUGAAGAGUUCUUUCCUGCGUUCUACUCUCUGGUGAUGGAACUGCUGCAGACUCUAGAUGUUCAGCAUCUAGAUGACAUCAUACCCGCUCUAAGGUCACUGAAGUCGAGGGCACUGUGAUACUUGUUUUUUGUGAUUGGUUAUGUGUGUUUUUUCAGCUUUAUUUCUAAAUUAGUUUGUUGACUUGGUUUUGGGUAAUUUUUUCUAUGCAUUUUCUUCCUCAUAUUUUGUGUUGCUUAUAGUAAAUAGUACAUCCAAAACAGAAUAAAGAUUUAAAUCACUUGAAUGGAAGAAAAUAUGUUAUGUAAUUAUGGAAUAUACGAAUUGGAGAUUAUAUUAGAAAAUUUACCAGACAUCAAUGGAAAGAAGAUAUCUCUGGCUGUGUGUGAUUUCAUCAAAGAAUGAACUUUGUAUGCUUUAAUUCAUGUAUGUGGACAUUGUAAAUAACACAUUUGUUUCAAGUGAGGCUGUGCCACCAGAUGGUGCCCAAGUAUAACAUUGCACUACUAAGUGCUGCUGCUGCUUGAGUGACUUUUUUUAUUUUUCUCUUAAGCCACACCAUUAUAAACGAGUUGAUAUCGGA